UGUUUUGGUUAGGUUAUAAAAUAUAAUUUAUAAAAGACAAAAUAAAUCAUUAGUUGCUAUUAAAUUUUAUUUUUAAACGUAAAAUCAAACAUCACAAUAAAAUGUAAAAAAUAAUCUAAUAAUUUAAUUUUAUUAUUUUCAAGGCUCAUUUUACAUACAUAAUUUUUCAAUUUUGAUGAUAAAGUGUGAGAUUCAUAUUCUUUGAUUUUUUUUUUGCGAUUUAUGUGUCUCAUAUUCAUUUAUAUGUAAAAUGUACAAUAUUAUAUUUAGUUGUUUAUGUCAAACGGUUAAAUAUCUUAAAUCUUAUUAUUAUUAAUAUAUUUAGUUAACCUAGUUAAACAAGUACUUCGAUUUUUGGUUUAUUUCAGUUUAAAUCAGAACUAAAUUGAAUCAUUUGGGUUGAUACAACCUUCAACCGAAUGAUUGAGACAUAUAUUUUGGUUUGGUUUUAGUCGUUUUGGAUUCGGUUGAGUCACUUCGGUUUGUUUCUUCUGCCCACCCCUAGUUCCAUCAUGGAGUUGAAUACGUCUUUAUUUGUUUUCUCUAAAUAACCACUAAAUCGAUUUUUGUAAGUGUAGCACUGCAUGCACAAGCGAGUGGCAAAAUGAUAAGACUUUAGUGUCCACUUAAUAUAGCAUUUGACGUAGUUUGGCUUCAAAUACUUUAGUUUUUAAAAUCAGUUGCAAAAACUACUUUUGUUAUUUAGAUAGUUUAAGUAGUUUUAUCAGAUUUUUUAUUAAUUUAUAUAUUUCAAAACUUUUGAUUAAUUAUUAAUAGUUUUCAGAUAUUUGGAUGGAUAAUCCGAACCGACCUGAUUUAUUUAAAAAUAAAAGAAAUAGAUUUAUGAGCAUAGUACUAAAAAUAUGAUCUAAGCGAGUUUAUGAUAUCCGUACAACAUAUGUCUGGCAUUUGGGUCAUCCGGUAAGUAUUGAAUUGGUUCUUAUCGAAUCCAAAUUUUUGGAUAAAGUUUUUGGUCCAUAGAUAUUUGUCGGACUGAUUCGGUUCCAUAUAUAAACACAUGCAAAUACCCAAGAAAUAUUCUAGUUGCAUUUUUUUUGUAUUCUACCUGAAAUCCGCUAAAUUUGUCAUGUAAAACAACUGAAAUAAUUUAGAAAAAAUCUGAAGUGAAACUCCAAAUUUGUUAUUUUAAAGUUCUAUAUUAUUUAAAAUGUCACUAAAGUAAAGCAAAAAAAAUUAAAAUUGAUUACAACUAAAUUAUAAACAAAAAGAUAAAUAAAAGCAUAUUCAUGACUUGGCCACUCAGAUUUUCGAAAGGUGGUUGGAUGUUUUUAUCAGAACUAAGUUUUUUUGGUAGAAGAGCUUUGAAAACAUAUAUAUAUAUAUAUAUAUAUAUAGAGAGAGAGAGAGAGAGAGAGAGAGAGAGAGAGAGAGAGAGAGAGAGAGAGAGAGAGAGAGAGAGAGAGAGAGAGAGAGAGAGAUUUGAUUUGGUUUAUCAGUUUGGUUCUGGUUUGGAUUUUCGGGUGAUGGUAAAAUGUGUAAAACUAAUUUAACGACUUAACUGUACAUUAUGAUACUUCUAUGUUAAAUAAUGUAAGUUUGAAAAAAAAAAAUAAUAAUAAUGUAAGUUUGAAUAUUCAUAUCCAAACUGAAGAAAUUCAUUUUCUAAGAAAAUGACUUUAUGGACGAGAAAAUAAGUUUCAAAUACUGCAAGUCUGCAACAGUUAGUUAGCCUUAAGACCAGCGCAAAGGAAACGCUUUAUACCAUUAAUAGUAAAUUCCAUUUCUUAUAUAAGCAUACUUGUAAGUGAAAAACAUAACAAAGCAACACAAUAAAGAAAGAACCAAAGCUUUUAAAGCAGUUCGGCUAAUCUAUAUUGUAAUUUGUUUUAGACAAGAGAAAGUGUCUGAUCCAUGGCUGCAUCCAGAGAGUUUAUCAUAUGUUUCAUCUUAACACUUCUGUUGUGUACUUUCUUCAUGAGAGUCGAGUCUAGUGCUGCAGACAUCAGAGGAGGAUGUGGCGGCGGUGACGGCAGUUUUCAGGAAGAUAAUGAGCGGUGUGUAGAGAAGGUCAAAGAUGACGACGACGAUGACGUGGAUGAUGUUUUCAAAGUGAUUAACAAGAUGAGGAUAUAUGCUUGAUCAUGGUUCAUCUUUUAAUUAUAUAUAGGACUAUAUAUAUUCAUACAUUUUGUUCGUUUUAAUUUUAUUUUCUGAAGUUUGUUUCUCGUUUCUUUGUUCUUGUGAUCGACUCUUUUUUAUUUGUGUUAAUUAAUUUAACUUAUGUUUCAUUUUUCCAA